GCUAACAAGUCAGAGAAAUUAUGUCAAAAUUAGAUGAUUUAUUUGAUAAGAAGAAAGAUGAAGCGCCCAUGUUGGAUUUAUCUAAAACUACAAUCAACACUGCAGAGGAGUACAGAGCUGUCCUUGACAAAGUCCCGGAGUUUAAAACUAGGCCCGAAAAGGUGAGAGCAGAAGAUAUUAAAAUAAAAGACAGACCAGAAGAUCAGAAAAUCAAGACACCGAAGAAAGAAAUAAGGGCAUAUGAAAAACUUGGAACCCGUGCUUACGAAGAUAAGCAUUUCACAUUUAUGGACCCAGUACCGGUGGAAAUGCGGGAAUUAAAGUUUGAAGAAUUAUGUUCCGUGCCGAUAGAGUGGCGGAUGCUCACAUCAAUACGACCAAAAUCUAAAUUAGACGAAGAAUACUUCAAUAGGCUGAUCGAAUUACGGAAAUCGGAAUUAAGAACCAAGGCCCGAGACAAGAGGGAGUACGCAAAAAACAACAUGGUGAAAAAAACGAAAAAUCGAUCAGGCGUAACGGAAACAAGAAUAUUGUCUUGUGCGGAGUGCGGCGAAGAGUACUGCAAUGGUAUGAUGUGUGCCAUCACAAAUUACGACAUGUUUGCUCGUUUGAAGCUGGAGAUAGAGCCGAAAGCGACGCGGCACGCUGCGCCCGCGCACGGCGGGGGAAAGCUGCGCAAACUGCGAAGAAAGAUGCGCAGAAAGCCGCGCAGCAAAAGUGCAGCGCCCCCUGUAAUGCGCAAAACUACGAGAAACAAAUCCUGGGCUAAAAGCGACUCUGAACUCUAAUCUACUGUGUUAAGAAACAAACAGUAACGUUUUCUUGGAUAUGUUGAUAAAAUAUUAUUUUUCAUCUACUAUUUUUACAGCUUACGCUAGAUUCAAUCAUAGUUAAUUCCUAAAAAUGGCCAGUUAGCUUUAUUAAACUAGAUUUUUAUAACUGUCUUGAAAUUAAAUUGUAAGAACGUGCGCACAACUUUGAUUAAACGAUCGCACAUCUCUUUAGUCGCGUUUUGAUUUCUAUCAGCUUAUACGGAGGUGCGAACACACUUUUAGUUGUGCGACUAAACAGUUGAAUUGGCUGCGAAACAACCGAUAAUCGCACAAUUGUUGUGCGACAGUUUAGACAAAGGUGUGCUCCCUCUCUCAUAAGGAGGUUAAUAUCUGGGCAAGGCUAUAAAGUUACUACAUAAUAAAUCUUUAUGUAAAUAUUAUUUGUCAAGUAAUAUUGAAUAAAAUACUUUACUAAGUGCUAUAUUGUAAUGUUAGCUCGUAUUGAACUUUGGAGUCAAUCUCUUUUUUCCACCAGCUUUGUGGACUGUCCAAUUACAGGUGUCAAGUUGAAUUACGUGUAUUGCUUUUUCGUCCUAAUUUUUUGAGAUCGGUAUUUAUUAAUAAAAAUUAAAUUAAUAUGUGCAAAUAGUUUUACGUUUACACAAAUGAAAAAA